CAUCAAUCUCUUUAAGUUUCCCAAAAAAAUACUUUGAUCCAUAGAUCUCAUAUUUUGCAACACUAUUCGUCUCACCACUUGAAUUGCCUCCAACACUUUCAGCCACGUUGUAAAGUUCUCUCAUCAAACGAGAUUAUCUUCGUUCCAUAUUGCAUAGUACUGAACCUUGAACAAGUUUCCUUUCCGGUGAGGAAACGCUGUGGCGGCCGCUGAAAUCUCGUCCAUCACUCCGCCGUAAGGGUUCCAGUACAUCCAGACUGUUGAAUUUCAACUUUUGUUUUUUGAAUUUCAACAUUGUUCUCCAAAUUUUCUCGAUUCCUUGUUUAGGAUCGGUUUCUUGAGGAAAAGGCUAUUGUAAAUAGCGUAGAUAUUCCAAAAUCUGAAACACUUGAGCUUAAGUUGGUGAAUAUAUUUUUUUUCUUCUAAAAAUAGUACUGAUGAAUUCGUUAAUUACAAAUUUUAUAUCAAUUACGUUAGAAUUUUAGUUAAACUAUUAGCACUAAAAUUCAACUGUAUUACAUUUUUAUUCAUGGAAAAAUUUAGAAAUAAAUAAUUUUUUAUCCAAUUUUGAUGAGAAACAAAUUAAUCAAAAAAAAAAAAAUUUUCUAUUUAUUCAAGUUCCCAAAUAUAAAAAAUUGUCCAGUUCUUUUAUUCCUCACGUGGAAUCACCUGUCUGAACCUUGAAAUUAUAUUUUCUUCUCCCCAAAUUUACCAACAUUAGAUAUUUAAAUAAUCUUUCUUUUUGUUUAAAACAAUAUUUGAAUAAACAUUACAGCUUCCAAGCACACGAUCACAAGGAAGUAAAUGGGCUUCCCACUCUUUUUCAAAAUAACCGCCAACAACACCUCAUAUACACAACCUCUCUUGCCUUCUCACUCACGUAACCGCCAAACUCCGCAAUGGCGUCUUCUCUCUUCAUCUUCUUCCUCACUUUCCUCUCACACUUCCUUCCUCCCUCUGUUCUCUCAGCCACAGUACUCGAAGAUCUCGCCACCCUCACUCCACCUCCCGACUUCACCACCACCAUCACCACAAACUGCCUCCAUAAUCCUCUGCUCCGUUACUGCAACAACACUUCUUCUUCUUCUCCGAUGAACAUCACAGAGAUCUUCCGCUCCACGAUCGUCGCAAGCCACCUCUGCAACGAGUCCAAGAACCCUAACUGCAUCGACUCCUUCCCCAAGAUCAGAAUCCACGGCCGUCCUAAAACCGCAGCGCUCUACCUCUCUUUCGACUUCUUCUGGAAGUACUGUCCUCUCACCGUCGUCGAGAUCCAGCUCGUGAAUAACUCUCUCAAGACCGAGUUUCCGACAAACGUUCUCUCUUGUGCUCAGAUUCGCACUCUUGACCUGAGUUACAACCAGUUAACCGGUUCUGUUCCGGUUCAGAAUCUCUCCCGGUUAACGAACUUGACCCAUUUGAACCUCUCUUAUAACCGGUUUUCGGAGGAUAAGAUCUUAAAUUCCGAGUUCUUUAACCGGUUUAACGCGUCGAGUUUCAUACACUCCGGUUUACUUCCCGAUGCCAAGCGUUACAAGAUGAGAGUCUUGGUCUUGUUGGUUGUGUUUCCCAUAGUGGUGAUUCUUCUCUGUUGUUGCUUGGGAUGGUUAUGUCUCAAAAGACCUGAUUACUUACCAAGAACGUGCAGGAGGAGAAGCCACAAGUUCACAUCCGCGAUGCUCGAUGCAGCGACGGAUGAGUUUUCGGAUCAGCGACUCGUGAGCAAGAGGAAUGGAGUGGAUAUCUACAGGGGAACGUUGAGGGACGGGAGAGAGGCAAAGAUCGAGGUGUAUACAGAGAAGGUUUGGAAAGAGAAGAGGCGCGAGUUUGAAGAGGAAUGCGAGGCGGUUUUUAAGCUGAGACAUAAGAAUUUGGUAAGGGUUUUGGGUUGGUGUAAUAGCAGAAGCUUGAGAGCUUUGGUUACUGAAUGGACUAAUGGAGAAAACGUUGAGACUUGGCUAAAUUCUUCAUUGGCUUCCUCGUGGAGAAGGAGGUUAAGAGUGGUUAUGGGAGUUGUGGAAGGUGUUUUGUAUCUGUGGGAACAAUGGCCUGAGGUUACAUUUGAUCUGAACACAAGAAGUGUUUUGUUGUCUGGUGAUGAUCAAGAACCAUUGAUUUCUCAGUUCAAGAUUGGAGAUGGAAACAACUCAUCAACAAAUAUAUUCAACUUUGGAUUGUUUCUUUUGGAGAUGAUUACAAAUCUGAAACCUAAUGAGGAGCAAGAAGAUUCAGAAAGGAGGUAUCUUGAGUAUAUAAGAGUUCAUUGUCCGGGUAAUGUAGAGAGGGUGGUUGAUGAGAAAAUGAAGAUUGAAGAUAGAACGUUGGAGAAAGUUAAGGAAGCGAUUACACUUGGACUUAUGUGUACUGACGGAUCACCGUUGAAGCAACCAAGCUUCACGCAGAUUUAUGACAUGUUGGUUUCUUUGUAUGCGUCUAGCUCAAGGCAUCAUUAAGAAGAUAGUGUAAUUAGGUUAGUGUUAUUUAAGAAUUUAAGCUUCACCACUCUUUUUUGUUUUCAUUUUA